AUGCAGUUGGAAGGGUUGUGUCGUGCAAUGUGAAUCGAUAGCAUUGUUUUGAAUUAAUUUGGAAUUAAUUUUUUGCACUUUACACAUUUUGUUUAUAAACAAAAAAAAACUGGCUUUAUCGGUUUCCAUGAGCCGAGGAGAUGAAGGAAGCAAGGCGUCUGGACAGAGAGGAGUGAAGCAGUGAGAGACGACAGAAGAGAAAGAGGUUGACGGGCUACGGUUUGGGAGGUAGCAGUCCGAAGAGGAACUCCAGGAAACAUGUCUCUCUUGGCCAAACUGGAGAGGAACGUGUGUGUCCUGCUUCCCAAUAAGGAGCAGUUGGACAUUACUGUGGGGGUGAAAGCCAUAGGACAGGAGGUGUUCAAUCGUGUUUCUGAGCUCGUUGGGAUAAAAGAACUCCACUUCUUUGGCCUCACUGUGGUGAAGGACAAUGAACACAUAUUCCUGGACCUGGAAGAAAAGCUAACCAAGUACUUCCCCAAGGAAUGGAAGCCGGACUCGGGGAAGGGAACCCAGAGACGGGCCCUCCCCCUGCUGCUGUUUCUGAAGGUGCAGUACUACGUGGAGAAUGGCCGACUCAUCUGCGACCGUAAGGCACGGCGGUUGUACUACGCUGACCUGCGGGAGCGUGUUCUGCGGUCCGAGUGUCGCCAGCAGGAGGCGCUGUACUUCCAGCUGGCAGGGUACGCGCUGCAGGCCGACCUGGCCGACUGUCCCCAGCCCGGGCAAGCAGACGGAGAGGUCCAAUACUUCCAACCCAAAGACUAUUUCCCUCCCUGGAUCGUGGCGAAGCGGGGGCGUGAAUACCUCCUUUGCCACGGGCCCAAGGUUCACCGGGAGCUGUGGGGCAUGUCAGCACGCGACGCCAUUCUGCUCUUCAUCCGGGAGUCCUGCCGCCUGGAAGACGUGCCCGUCACUUUCUACAGGCUGCAGAAGGACAAGAAGGAGGAGAGGGGCUCAGCGCUACUGGGUCUAACUCUGAGAGGAAUGCAGGUUUAUCAGGAGAUGAACAACAUACGUCAGUUGCUGUACGAUUUCCCCUGGUCCAACGUGGGACGCCUCACCUUCCUGGGCAAGAAGUUUGAGAUCCAGCCGGACGGCUUGCCUUCGGCCAGAAAGCUGGUGUACUACACGGGGUCACCCUUCCGCUCCAGGCACCUCCUGCAGCACCUGAGCAACAGCCAUCGCCUCUACCUGAACAUCCAGCCUGCCCUCAAACAGCUGCGGCAGCUGGAGGAGAACGAGGAAAAGAAGAGGUACCGGGAGUCCUACAUCAGCGACGACCUGGACCUGGACCCCACGGUGAGCGAGGGCAGCCCCGGCCUCUCCCGCCGCUCCACCAGCAGCUCCGGCAUCGAGGCCGACUCCCGCCAGCGCCGCGUCUCCAUGGAGAUGCCGUCGGUGGAGGAGGAGGAGGAGGCGCUGCAGCGGACGGGCAAGCCCUUCGGCUCGGCGGCCAGCCACGGCAGCUCCCACACCUCGGGCGUGGACACCGGCAGCAAGGCGCGGACCGAGGAAGAGGACUGGCAGGAGGAAGAGGCUGAACUCAGUGUGGACGAACCGGAGGAGGUUUCCGUGGACGAGCCUGAGAUGUUGCGAUUGGUCGAGCUGAUAGAGGGCGUGUCUUUGGACUGCCCUGACCUCACGCCUGAGACCCACUGGGGAGAUGAUAUUGAGCAACUGGUGGACGGACCUGACUAUGAGGUGAAAAUGCGGAGCACUGAUUCCCUGGAGCAGGUGCUGAAGUGGAGGACUCGAGGCACUGUUGACAGACACAGUCAGAGCCUGGAUGAUGUUCGUCUGUUCCAGCCCCCCACCCCGCUGGGCACCACCCUCCAGGCCGACACCUCCCACAGCUACACCUUCGGCCUUCCAGACCCCAAACUGGACCCCCAGGGGCCUGUGGGUCGUGGCUGCUACCCCCUCUACUGUCCUGCCAAACCCUCCUUCUAUGGCCGCAGGUCAAUGAACUGCCUCUCCUUGGACCUUCUGGGGGAUGAGCAGCUGUUGGAGUUUAUCCUGUGAGCACUAGAGGGUGCAGCUAAGCUGCAGAUUUUCCCCUGGGAGUAUGCAGAGAGCUCUUGACAAUAACUUCGGGUGUGGAAUUCCCAAUCCUAAAGGACAGAAAGUAUGAGUGCAAAUGAAUAUAUUUGUGAAUGCUGUUGUGUACAGUUGUGUGUGUGUGUGUGUGUGUAAAUAUUUGACUUUGUUUUCACAUCCCCCUUCACCCCCACCUCCUCACCGCUGAUAUCCUGCUGGGGAAGCAGGUUUUCAGUUCCACUCAGUGGGGAACCGCACUGUGAAAGAGAGGCUCUGAACUGUUGCCUGGAGACAGUGCCCUAAACUGUAAACACAAAGUCUCCUCAUUUUCCACCACCCACUUUGGAGACAAGGAAAAUGGGGGUGAAUGGUGGUACUGCUGACCAUGAAAGAGAGGGCUAAGUCACAGGCACACCCAGAAGCCUACCCUGGUAGCACACUACUCAUUGACACACUCCCCUCCACACCGCACCUGCCAUAUUUAUUGUACAUUUUUGUUGCUUUUUAAAAUGUUUUUUUUAUUUUGUGAAAGCCUCAUUCUCUCAUAAUUACCUUUUCUUGCAACAUCCAGGAUUCAGUCUCUUGUUGCUAAAGUCACUGGUCUGUUUGAACAGACGUGAAACAGACUUCUUGUUUUUGUUUAUUUUAUGUGCUGUUAACUAUACUGUUGCUGUCUAAGGCUGAAUUGAAGACACCCAUCAGAGAGUAACUGAAUGCUAACCUGGAGUGAAUGAGCACUGUUGUAACAUUAUAUUCAUUAGCAGUAUUUUGUUAGUAUUGACAAAGAACACAAAUGUGCUAUUACAGAUGAGGAAUUUUCAUGUGAAAAUGUAUAAUCUUCAUUAUUACCAACAGCAUUGUAACACUUUGCGAAUGCACACUGUACCGUAGCAUUUAUUUGAACAGUGAGCUCUGUAGAUUUUUUAAAUGCACAGCUUAUGCAUACAUAGGUCUUGGUGGAUUAAUAAAUGUGUUUAAUGGGCAUACAAUGUCACACCAACAUUUACAAUUUUACAGAUGUUAUUUGUAAACGCAUAUAUGUGCAAAAGGUUACACACCAUAAUGUCUGCAAAUAAUUUGUAAAUGCAUAUUUGCAUAGUAAGGAUUUGCAUUCUGCGUACACACUUAGGAUUCUGCACUGUGACUAAACAGAUUACUUAUAAAUGCAUAUAUGAACAUAGGAUUUUGCUUUAAAUUUUACAGAUAAUUUGUGAAUACAUACAGUAUAUGCACUUAGGGGUUUACGCUACAACUUCUGCAGAUGAUCUGUAAAUUAGUAUUUGCAUGCAGGGUUCCACACUGCAGCUCCUGCUGCGGGAUCUGUAAAUGGGUGUCUGCACGUACGGUUCCACACUGCAGCUUCUGCUGCGGGAUCUGUAAAUGGGUGUCUGCACGUACGGUUCCACACUGCAGCUUCUGCUGCGGGAUCUGUAAAUGGGUGUCUGCACGUACGGUUCAACACACUGAGUUCUGGGGUAAAUGGAGCUGGCGCUUGCGCUGUGUCACAGCGCUCCGACAGAGGGUUCGAGCUGAACGCGGCUGUCACUGAAAAAUGUCUUUUCAGCUGGCUGCCCCUUUGCCAUGCCAGCCAUUGUUUACUGAUAUGCUGUCUAAAUGAAGUGUUUUCUCGUGUGGCUCUGUAAGUGUAAUCCAUGUAUAGUGGUGCUUGUACAGUUUUCUUUUUUUUCUUGCUGGCAAAGAGGUGGUUGAAACUAAGAAUGGGUUUUCAGUCUCUGUUUUUCUUUCUUUUCUUUUCUAACUGGUUAAAGUCCUUUUGCAGUAAAGAAACAUACUUUCAUAUUUUUUCCACAUGAAUCCCCUUACUGUGCAUUGACUUAACAUUCUCUGACAGAGUGCAUUUUCAACACAAGCCUCCUCAUCUGGAUAAUAAUGUGCAUCUGAAGUGGUCUUUCUCCUGUAAAAUUCCAUGUCUUCCACUUCCUUCAUCAUUGUGUUAUUUAUUUAUAUGUAGCCAUGAGGAUUUUAAAUAUUGUAAAGAGUGGGACACUUACUAGAGACCUAUUGAUUAAUGCAGCCAGUAUUAACUGUUAAUGCAGUGACUUUCUACUUCAAUGUUUUCAAUGUUUUUUCUAUCAAAAUCCCUUGCAACUUUUUUUAACUUUUUUAAUCUUUAAUCCUUCCUUUUUAUAAUAAUGGAAUGGUCUGUAUUACCUUUAAGAUUAGACAACAGAACAUUUCAUAGACACUACAUGUCUAAUUGUACAUAAAUUGUCGUAUGAGUGAAUGGCUUUCUUGGAACACUGCUGUGUCCAACUCUGGAUGAUUGCAGUUAAUGUUAUUAAUUGGGAUUAAGUUAGUAAUUUAAUUGGAAUGACAGUCCAUAUUAAGCCUGCACAUGCAAUAUUUUACACAUUGAUGAAUGUAUAAUCCAGCGAAUAAUCAAUCAAAUGUAUGUUGAAUUAUCCUCCCAAUCAUGUUUAUUGUUGUUGUUUUUCUAUUAAACUAUUCUACUAUAAACAUUAGAGCAUUGCAGAUCAUUUAAUCACUUUUAUCAUCGUGAAUAAUAAGUAAAAUGAAAGCCUGAACAAGAA